UAGAACGCCUGCGGCUUAAGGAAGACAAGCAAAUUUCAAGUUGGCCGCGGCUUGGGCUCCGCGUGGGGGAGGGGCAGCAGGUUUUUCUUGCUGGAUUUCUAAAUACCCACGUGCUGUCCACCAUGGCCAGCCGGAGUGGGAGCCGGGGCCGUGGCCGGGGCCAGUUGACCUUCAACAUGGAAGCCGUGGGCAUUGGGAAGGGGGAUGCUUUGCCCCCACCCACCCUGCAGCCUUCUCCACUCUUCCCUCCCUUGGAAUUCCGCCCAGUGCCUCUGCCCUCAGGAGAGGAAGGGGAAUAUGUCCUAGCACUGAAGCAGGAGCUACGAGGAGCCAUGAAGCAGCUCCCCUAUUUCAUCCGGCCAGCUGUCCCCAAAAGAGAUGUGGAGCGUUACUCAGACAAAUAUCAGAUGUCAGGGCCGAUUGACAAUGCCAUCGAUUGGAACCCUGAUUGGCGGCGUCUACCCCGGGAGCUAAAGAUCCGAGUGCGGAAGCUACAGAAGGAGCGGAUCACCAUUCUACUCCCCAAGAGGCCCCCUAAGAACACAGAAGAUAAAGAGGAAACAAUACAGAAACUAGAGACCCUGGAGAAGAAGGAAGAAGAAGUGACUUCAGAGGAAGAUGAGGAGAAAGAAGAAGAAGAAGAGAAAGAAGAGGAAGAAGAAGAAGAGUAUGAUGAAGAAGAACAUGAAGAGGAAACUGAUUAUAUUAUGUCAUAUUUUGACAAUGGAGAGGACUUUGGAGGUGACAGUGAUGACAAUAUGGAUGAGGCUAUAUACUGAAGAAAGGACCCCAAACAACACCCUGGACCCACAUAUCUUUCUUGAUUUGGGGAUACAGAGAGUAACUGUCCCUAUUAUUUGGUUUUGUGGACAAACAAAUCAUUUAGUCAGAGUUCAGAUAACUUGUUUGGUUCCUAGAGAUAGGAAUAGAGAGUCAUGACAGCCUCUUUUCUACCCUUCCUUCCUUCCACUUUUGUAGCACCUCUCAUAUCUUGGGGAAGGUGCAAAGAACAAAUGUCUCAAUUGUAUGAAGGGAGUAGAAAGAACUGGGGUUGUUAGAGCUGAGACCACUGCACACAUACUCCUUCCUAAUUUUUACAGCUCUUUGUGGAGAUGAUUGGGGGUGGGAGCAGUUAGGAGGAGUAAGGCCAGUUUUAUAUUUUUAAAUAAAGCGUUUUUAUCUGUC